AUGAACUACGACUCAGACGACGCCCGGAACCUCUCUCCGCCCCUCGAGAAGCAGAAGAUCGUCUACGAGCCGCACGAGUCCCCUCCGCCAUUCAUCCCAGAGGACAAGAGCGAGACCUGCAGCCCGGUCGACGCCAGCUGCAGCAGCAACAACAACAACAACAACACCAGCAGCAGCAGCAGCAGCAAGCCGGGCGGAGGCGGCCCGGGAGGAGGUGGUGACCGUAAGCGUCGACGAUGUGGCAGAUCAACCAAGUCAGCGUUAAGCGACGAGCUAAUACUGAGGUCCGUAGCUCCCAAUGACCCCGAGAUUGCCUACAGGUCCAGAGAAGCGCCCCUCAGGCGGGAUUCUUCCUCCUGCUCCUCCUCCUCCCCGGUCUCGGAGCAUACCAGCGGUGCUGAGGACGCCGCCAGCCUCCAGGACGUCGACGGUGCCCUUCCCCCGGACAUUGAGCUCAAGAGACGACUCCAGUCGACGUCGACGUCAGCAGGAGGCGCAGCCAGAAAACCCUCGUCGCCGACCUUGAUCUCGGCCUCCAACAACAACAACCAUCACAAUAACAACAAUUCUGCCGAAAACAACAGUACCCAUACCAGCACCAGCCACAGAAACCACCACCACAGUCACCACCACAGUCACCAUCACAGCUUCGGGCAGCCACUGCCACGCCCUGACAUUCUUAUGACCGAUCCUCCGAAUCCCUCAGCGGAUCCCUCAGCCGCUGCCGCUGCCGCUACUCCCAGGCAUCCUGCUACUACGGCUAGCUCGAAAGAGGGAGCUUCAAACGCUGCUAGUCCUGCUCCUGCUCCUGCUCCUGCUCCUGCUGCUACCACGACCACCCGUCUUCCUUCGGUGGCCCAGAUCAUCUCAAAUCCUACCUCUCAGUCUCCCCUCUCGGCCUCGAUUUUUCAGGAUUCAAGGCCCCCCUUGCUCACAACCCCUACAACAUUCAAGAAACUAAAUACUUUCCCCCUGGAUCCUUCCCGAGGAGCUGGCGGCCAGAGCCUGCCGUCAACUAUUGCUGGCAGCUCCUCGGACUCCGGCAGCACUGUCUGCCAGAGCCUCCCAUCCUUCAGAUCCUCCUUCCCCAGUGAGAUUGUCCCUGAUGUUAUCUCCUCAAAGGAUCACUUUCUCAAUAAAAACGGCGUGCCACCACAACCACCGUAUCCGGCAGUCACUUCUUCCCCUCGCCAGUCACACCACUCCCAUUCGCACAGCCAUGGCCACCACACCUCGUCACAGUCACAUAUACGUCGCCUGUCAGAGCAAUUCUACCCUACUCCUCUACUAUCCUCAACAUCAUCUACGCCAGCUUACUCUCAGGGCUCUCCUCCCAAAUCCUGUGAUAUUCCUACACACCACCACCACCAGCAGCCGCCGCCGCCGCCGCCUUCCCAACAACAGCAGCAGCAGCAGCAACAACAACAGCAACAGCAACAGCACUACUGGCCAGGCAGGCUAAAAACAGACCACUCCCGGUCUCAUUCCCAGUCCCACUCUCAAUCCCUGUCUCAGUCCUCAUGUGAGCCUGGCUUCCAGUACAGCGACUCCCCAAGUACAGGAUAUCCUACCCCCACGGACCCAGCCAGUCAGGAGGGCUCGGAAAAACGCCAUGCAACGCCCACAUCCUCUUCCAUCGCGUCCUCGGGCAUGUUCAAAUGCAAUUACCCUGGCUGUGUCGCCCUCCCAUUCCAGACCCAAUACCUUCUAAACUCGCAUGCAAAUGUCCACUCUCAAUUCCGGCCAUACUACUGCCCCGUCCAGGGCUGUCCCCGCUCCGAGGGCGGAAAGGGCUUCAAGCGCAAAAAUGAGAUGAUCCGCCACGGUCUUGUGCACGAUUCGCCAGGCUACGUCUGUCCGUUCUGCCCGGACCAAAGACACCGCUAUCCCAGACCUGAUAAUCUCCAACGGUACGUUACCAAGCCCAAGAUGAAAAAGAAAAAGAAAAGAAAGGAAGGAAGAAGUAACCGUUCUUUUUCGGCCCUCGUUCUUCGUUUCCUUGUCGAUCCCGCUCUUAGCGUGGUUGCCUGUUCAUCACUUCCGCUGCGCCUCCUGUGCCUCAGGCAGGCGCUUAUUCAACAUUUCACCCUAUAUUAUCCAUACAUAACCCCCAACGCAUUAAGCAUAAUAUGUAAUGUGGCUGUGCUAACCUUCUCUCCCCUUUUUGCCUUUGCCUUAAACAGACACGUCCGCGUCCACCACAUCGACAAGGACAGAGAGGAUCCGUUGCUCAGAGAAGUCCUUGCUCAAAGACCCGAGGGCGCCAACCGUGGACGAAGGCGCAGAGCCUAG